UAAACUCCAUUUUUGCUACUCUCGUCUUCACAAUUUUUUCUCUGCAGCCAAACGCAGAACGACAAGAAGAAGAAGAAGAGAGGCGAGGUCUUCCAGAGUUCCAGGUCAAGAAGCCAUGACAGCAGAAGUUAAGGUUGAGGAGAAACAGGUUGAGACCGAGGUUGUCGUUGCUUCUCAGGAAGAGACAGUGAAGGUUGUUGAAAAAGCAGUGGAAGAUGUCAAGGAGACCGUUGAAACAGAUGCCGUUCAAGAAGAGACCAAGCCUGAAGCCAUGGAGAAGAGCGAUUUCUUCAAGGAAGAGAGCAACUUCUUAUCUGAUUUGGAUGAAUCUGGGAGAAAGGCUCUGAGCGAUCUCAAAUCAAAGCUUGAGGAAGCCAUCGUUGGAAAUACUCUCUUCAAGAAGAAGAAGGAGAGCCCCGUGAAGGAAGAAGCGAAUAAAGAAGCCGAGGAAGAGACGAAACCAGAGGAAAAGGUUGAAGAAGAGAAGAAAACUGAGGAGAAAGCCGAGGAAGAGAAGAAGGCUGAGACUGAAGCUGUUGUUACAGAGGAAACUCCCAAAGAAGAAGCGAAAGCUGUGACCGAAGACGAGAAGAAGAUCGAGGAUGUUGUUACUGAGGAAACCCUUAAAGAAGAAGUGAAAGCUAAGCCUGAGGAUGAAUUCCCUAAAGAAGAAGUGAAAGCUGAGGUCGAGGAAGAGAAGAAGAAGGUCGAGGAAGAAGAAGAAGAGAACGUCGAUCAGGACAUCUCUCUAUGGGGAGCGCCUUUACUGCCAAGCAAAGGAGCGGAAGCCACCGACGUUAUUCUCAUGAAAUUCUUGAGGGCAAGAGACUUCAAGGUGAAUGAAGCCUUUGAGAUGUUGAAGAAGACCCUCCUAUGGAGGAAAAAACACAACAUCGACUCGAUCCUACAGGAAGAUUUCGGCGAAGAACUCAACUCUGCAGCCGCAUACAUGAACGGAGCAGAUCGUGAAGGUCACCCCGUGUGUUACAACGUCUACGGCGUGUUUAACAAUGAGGAGCUUUACCAGAAAACGUUCGGGACGGAGGAGAACAGAGAGAAGUUCCUGAGAUGGAGGUUUCAGCUGAUGGAGAAGGGAAUUCAGAAGCUUGAUCUGAAACCCGGCGGCGUUACUUCUCUGCUUCAGAUCCACGAUCUUAAGAACUCUCCCGGAUUGACGAGGAAAGAACUCCGGGUCGCGAUUAAGCAUGCGGUUGAAGCUUUGCAGGACAAUUACCCUGAAUUCGUCUCAAGAAACAUAUUUAUUAACGUGCCGUUCUGGUUCUACGCUCUGAAUGCUCUGCUGUCGCCGUUCUUGACGCAACGAACCAGAAGCAAGUUUGUGGUCGCUCGCGCAGCGAAGGUCACCGAGACACUUCUCAGGUACAUCCCGGCCGAGGAGAUUCCCGCUCAGUACGGUGGAUUCAAAAGAGACGGCGAUCUCGAAUUCUCUGCUUCCACUGUUUGUGAAGCCAUUGUCAAGCCUGGGUCAUCUGAAACCAUUGAGAUCCCUGCUCCUGAGGUGGGAGAUACACUGAUUUGGGAAGUCACCGUUGUUGGAUGGGAAGUGAACUACAAGGAAGAGUUCGUUCCUGGAGAUGAAGGAUCAUACACUGUGAUCGUCCAAAAGGGGAAGAAGAUCGGAUCAAACGAAGGGCCAAUCCGCAAUAGUUUCAGGAACAACGAGCUCGGCAAGAUCGUUCUUACCGUCGACAAUGUCUCCGGCAAGAAGAAGAGAGUUCUGUACCGGUACGUGACCAAGAUCGGAUCCUCUUUCUAAGCAAGAGUCUUCCAAAGGUAAUCUUAUAUAGAGUUUGGAUAUAUACAUUUUUUUUUGGAGUGAGAGGGACCUUAUUAUUGUUUCAUUCUUUUUUGCUUUGCGAGGGAAACUGUUUGUUUGUUUAUUUAUUACAAAUAAUGGCGAGAUUCAUGCUUUCUAUUGUACUUGUGAAUUUUUAUA